GAGGCCAGCGUAAAAUCCCCAAAAUACCCUUCUCAUUUUCUCCGUAGUACCACCAGCUCCCCGCGCGAUUUCCCAAACUCGAGCGGGGACAAAGCCGUCUUUUCACCGAUUCACGGGACAAAGCUCCAGGUUGGACUCGUCGCCCGCCUCCUCGUCCUCCUCGGGGGCGGCUUCCUCCGAACCGUUCGCUCUUCCUCGGCGAUACGAGCGCCAUGCUCCGAUUCGUCGCCCUCCUCCUCGUCUCCUCGGCGAUUUCCCUCGCGGGGGCCCACGAGCACCACGGCGAUGAAUCGGGCCCCAGCUGCGAGAUGAACCCCGACGUGCGAGUCCUCGCCGAGUUCCGCCCCGGGAUCGUAACGGUCGACGGACACGUGGACGACUGGGAUGACGUGGAGGGCUCCGAGUUCCCGCUCCUCCCCGCGCUCGACCCCGACCAGGACAAGGCCUACGGCGAGGGCAAAUUGACCGUUAAGGCUGUUCACGAUGGCACCAACGUUUUCUUUAUGCUACAAAUUGAUGGCGAGUAUGCAUACACUCAAGGUGAAAAUGCGAGAUGUCCUUCGGUAGCUCUCAUGUUCCAAGUUGGCGAGAAUGCCUCAUAUGAUAACAUGGGAGGGUGCAAAGAUUUGCCCGGCACAUGCACGAGUAAAAGCUGUCGAGGCCAUGAAGUGGACAUUAUGCACUUCUCUAUUGGGACUGCUGUUCCUGGUCGUCUAUAUGGUGGUAAUAUAUUUGACAACGCGGAUGGAAAUGGAGGUGAUAGGUUUGGCCACCUAGUUGAUGUGUAUUCCUGGAAUCCGCACUGUCAAUACCUUGAUGGAUUAGGCCCUAAAGGGAAUAGUUCGAAUGCUCAAAAUGACUGGCACGGUGCUUGGUGGCACAGUUCACUAACGUUUCAUUCAGGCUUCUUGGAAGAGGAGAGCCCUUACGGAGAUCAAGGCAAUAAGGGCACCUACUACUUCGAGUUCUCGAGACCUUUGAGAACGAUGGAUCGUUUCCAACAGGAUGUGCAGUUCACGAUCGGUCAGCCGAGCAAAGUGGCUUUUGCUUUCUGGUACCCGACAGGCGGUCAGCCAUAUAGCAAGUCCCAGCACUAUUCGGCUAGUUGUAACUGGCUCCCUCUCGACUUAUCAUCAUCGACUUCUGCAACUUCUCUUUCCCGGUCGGGUUCUUCGAGUAGCUCGUGGGACAUGGCGACCGCCUUCGCCUUGCUCUUGUCGGUGAUCUCCAUCUGUCUCUCCGUCUUCGUGGGCUACUGGGUUUCCAGAACCAAAUAUGUCCCCUUUACACCGAUGGUCCAGAUGAGCUGAGUAACAGUCGAAUAUACGAGAUAAUUUUGUACCUUUAUCCUUUUUUGCUCUUUUUUUUACUUUUUAUUCUAUUUGUUGAGAUUAUGCUACUGCGUUGCAGAGAAUCGAUGUUUCGGUUUCUUCUUUUGUUUAGUUCCUGUAAGAUAUUCUUCUUCCUGCUUUCCUUUUGUGUGAGCAUGCUAUUUUUUCCAAUUCACUGAAUAUCAUAUUGCAUGUAACCAUUUAAAAGA